CCCCCCCCAGACAUUCCGCUUCCCCUUUUUCGCGUCGUCCACCUUGCUCACUCGCCUACACAACUACUAUCUACCUACAUCUCCCCCCCAUCUCCAGCACCUGCCCUCCCUCCCUAGCCCUCGUCAUCCUGCUGCCAACAAACGUCUGACCCACCAAAAAAGGCUCAAUUCCUCCGUCAAUACCUCUACGAUCGCAAUGGCCCAAACAGUCGUUUUCCCCAGGAGCCAUGUCGGUUUCGACAGCAUUACCUCGCAGAUUGAGCGCAAGCUUCUGAAGCGUGGCUUCCAGUUCAACGUGAUAUGCGUUGGCCAGACGGGUCUCGGAAAGUCGACCUUGAUCAACACCAUCUUUGCUUCGCACCUCAUCGACUCGAAGGGCCGUCUCACCCCCGAUGAGCCCGUGCGAUCCACCACCGAGAUUCAGACCGUUUCCCACAUCAUUGAGGAGAAUGGCGUUAGGCUUCGCCUGAAUAUUGUCGAUACCCCCGGUUACGGAGACCAAGUCAACAACGACAGAUGCUGGGAUCCUAUCGUCAAGUACAUCAAGGAUCAGCACUCUGCCUACCUCCGAAAGGAGCUCACUGCACAGAGGGAACGGUACAUCCAGGAUACCCGUAUUCACUGCUGUCUGUUCUUCAUCCAGCCCUCUGGACACGCUCUCAAGCCUAUCGACAUCGUAGUCCUGAAGAAGCUAUCCGACGUUGUUAACGUCGUUCCCGUCAUUGCGAAGUCAGACUCCCUGACCAUGGAGGAGCGCGCCGCAUUCAAGGAGCGAAUUAAGGAGGAGUUCGCCUUCCACAACCUGAAGAUGUACCCCUACGACAACGAUGAGCUCGACGAGGAGGAGCGCGCGCUCAACGCCCAGAUCAAGAACAUCAUUCCGUUCGCCGUCGUGGGCUCCGAGAAGUCCAUUAUCGUUGAGGGCAAGCAAGUGCGCGGACGACAGAACAGAUGGGGUGUUAUCAAUGUUGAGAACGAGGCCCACUGUGAAUUCGUCUACCUGCGCAACUUCCUCACGCGCACACACCUCCAGGACCUGAUCGAGACUACCUCCCAGAUCCACUACGAGACCUUCCGCGCCAAGCAGCUGCUGGCCCUCAAGGAGUCGAGCGCCGCCGGUGCAGGAAGCAGCAGGCCCAUCUCUCCUUCCGCUGACAGGGAGCUGAGCCGGGGCUCGCAGCAGAGGAUGACGAUCAACGGGUACUAAGCUGUGUACCUGGUAGCAGGGGGUCAGAGGGGAGGAGAGAGAAGUCGAGUGGAAGCAGAUCAAACCAACCUCGAACUCAUCUUUUGUUUGCACCGUUUUUUUUCUUUUUCUUUCUUGGUUUACGAGCGACCGACAUGUCGUUGCUGUGCCUGUUUUAUAAUACCUCAUGAAUAUUUGUUCCCUUACCUUUCUGUGUCUGCUUUUUGUCUGCUGCUGUAUUAAAGCGCAUACCCUCCGCCCGUCCGUUGUAUUGUUUCCUUUCCUUGCGUGUUUCUUAAGGGGGGGCAGGCUUUAGUGGUGAUGGUGUUGAGUUGAAGUAAAUUUUUGAC